AUGGAGAGUGGCGAGUUAUGGCUCAAGGAGUCAUUGAAGUUGCUAAUAUCUUCAAUAAUAUAUUUAUCAGCUACACAAAAGACUGUUGAUGGUCCAUCAAACAAGGACUGGAGAGGUGGAAGAGUUGCUGCUUCCAACAUUAUUCCUAGCAGCAUUGGGGCUGCCAAGGCUGUUGGAAAGGUGCUCCCUGCACUGAAUGGUAAAUUGACCGGAAUGUCUUUCCAUGUUCCCACUAUCGAUGUUUCGGUUGUUGACCUAACUGUUAGGUUGGAGAAGGCUGCCACUUAUGAACAAACCAAAGUUGUUAUCAAGGAGGAGGCUGAGGGCAAUCUCAAGGGGAUCUUGGGUUACACUGAAGAUGAUGUGGUGUCUACGGACUUUGUGGGUGAUAAAAGGUCAAGCAUAUUUGAUGCAAAGGCUGGGAUUGCUCUAAAUCCAAAUUUUGUUAAGCUCGUCUCAUGGUACAACAACGAAUGCGGUUACAGCAAUAAAAUAAUUGAUCAUUUACGUCAACAAUGA